AUGGGUCUCACCUCCCAGAUGAUCCCUCCUCUGUUCUGCCUCCUAGCAUGUGCCGGCAGCAUGGCCCACGGACACAGAUGCGGCGUCAUCUUAACAGAGAGCAUCAAAACUCUGAACAUCCUCACAGAGAGCAAGACUCCGUGCACCGAGCUGGCUGUAGCAGACGUCUUUGCUGCCCCCAAGAACACCACUGAGAAGGAAAUCUUCUGCAGGGCGGCGACCGUGCUCCGGCAGCUCUACAGUCACCGCGAGAACGCCAUCUGCAGGGGCGCGGCCACACCGCCACGGUUCCACAGCCACCAGCACGUGAUCAAACUCCUGAAAGGACUGGACAGGAACCUCUGCAGCAUGGCACACGCGAGCCGCUGCCCUGUGAGUGAAGCCAAGCAGAGCACGCUGAGAGACUUCUUGGAAAGGCUAAAGGCGAUCAUGAAGGAGAAAUAUUCAAAGUGUCAGAGCUGAAUGUUUUAAUUUAUGAGUUUUUAAUGGCUUUAUUUUAAAAAUAUUUAUAUAUUUAUAAUUCAUCAUAAAAUAAAGUAUAUGUAGACUCUAACAGCAAUGGCAUUUGAUGGUAUUGGCUAUGUUUGCUUGACAAAUGAAGUUAUGGUUUGCAACCUUUAGGGAGACCAGUUUAGUUCACUGAGAGACUACAAAUGUGGUGGGAGCAGAACAGGAAAGACCAUGUCCCUCCCAAGGGGUCCCUCUCUAGUUGGGGACACAAAGCACAAGACAGUUAAAGGAUACAAGGCCACACAAGAUGUCAAUGACGUGUGCGAGAGUUCGAGUUCACGAGUCCUACUGACUCUACCAUAUAUUUCUGAAUAGAAAAGGCAUCACCUGGAUGCUUAGAACAUGCUUCUCCCACUGACACAAGGGUUGUUACAUUGAGUCUCUAGAAAACAUAAGUAACCUUCACACACUACAUGGCUUUGCAGUGAACAACACUUACAACCAUAAUGUAAAUUCCCUUGAUUAGUGUCAGAACCAACCAACAGAGCACAGAAGACUUAAUCACGGUAAGAGAACAGACUAUCAGUGCUAUUCGCCUGACGCUAUGAAAGGAACAGCUGGAAACAGUUGGGAGGUAAAACAGAAGUAAAGAAAGAGAGGCAGGGCCCUGAAAUCUCCAACUCAUAUGGAGAAGGCAUCAAAUAACACUAAGGCUCAUGGAACAAGAACAAGAAAUAUAGGUAUUUAUUCAAAACUGAACUGGUAAUAGAACUAAAAAUAAUUUCCUAUAAAAAAAUUUAGAAGCCAGGC